AUGAAACUUCGCCUAUUAUUAUUUCAUUUCCUAUUAAUUGUUCAAGUUGAUUUACGUCGUUAUAGUGAUCAAAAUGAUAAUGAUAGUAUAUAUGAAUUAGAUAAUCUUUUAAAUAAUUAUAAUCAUCAUAAAAAAUAUCCAAAUAAAGAAUAUAUUCAAGAUUUAUCAAAUGAUGAUCAAGAUGAUAUUUCAUCAUUUCAACGUGAAAAAAAAUAUUCAUCACGUAAAAAAGUUUCCGAUGAAAUUGAUAAUCGUGAUGAAGAAGAAAAAUCAUUACAUCAUAAUCAUAUAUCAAAAUCAAAUAAUCGAUCAGAAUUAUCUAAUAAAUCUAAUCGAAUUACACAAACAACAACACAAAGUUAUAUUGAAGAAGCAUCAUUAUGUAUAAAUGAAUUUGAUAUUAAAACUGAACAAUUAGUUAAAGUUAAAGAAUUAAAAAAUGGUGCACAUAUGAUACGUUUUGUUCGUAUUGAUGAACCAUCAUCAUCUCAUGGUCUUGAUAUUAAAGAUAUUUGUAUGUUAAAUUGUUGUGUUGAAGAAAAAUGUGAUUUAGCUAUGCUUAGUGAACAACGUACAAAUGAUGGUUAUAAAUGUUAUUUGUUUGCUUGUAAUGGCAGUUGUACAUAUGCACCACAUCAAGAAUAUACUAGUAUGAUAUUAAAAAAAGAAUUAUCGUCAUACAAUGAUGAUUCACAAGUAAUAAAUAAGCAAUCAAAAACCAAUGAAAAAGCAUCAGCUGCAUCAUCAUCAACACUUUCUACGACAUGUCGAAGUAUUGAAUUUUCGUGUCGUGAUGGAACUUGUAUUCCAUAUUAUGAUGUUUGUAAUUCAUAUGAAGAUUGUCCAUCGGGUGUUGAUGAAGCGAUGUGUACAUCGGAAUUUACUCUUCAUCAACGUACACAACAAGAAAAUCGAAAAAAACCAUCAAAUGAUGUUGAUAGUGAUGUGAAUAAUGAUAUUGAUGAAAAUUUUGAUGAUGUAUUAGAUGAAGAUCAAUUAAUAACAACAACAAUAAAAAGUAUAACGAAAAUAACGAGUACAAAAUCAUCAUUAUCAAAAAGCAAAUCAAAAAAUCGUGAAGGCAUGAGUGAAAAACAAGAUAAAAAUUUAACGUCAUCAUCAUUUUUCUAUAAUAUUGAUCUUGAUACACAAGAACGUGUGUCAAGAUUACAAAAAUUAAAAGAAUAUUUAGAAGAAACUAAAGGUCCUGAAGCAUGGUAUCAUUUAUUUCAAACAUUAAUUCAACAUCAACAACAAGAACAUACAAAUUUAGAUUCUGAACAAACUGGAUCAUUAUCAUCAAGUGAUGAUGAUAAUAACUUUCAAGAUCAUUUAUUAGCUUUAGAACAACAAUGGAUAGCUGAUCGACAAAAAACAACUGCUACGACAACAAUAACAACAAAAAAACCAAAAAUAAUUCCGAAAAAAACAACAACAACAACAACGAAACGAACGAAAAUUAUUCAUAACAAUCCAAACUUACCACAACCAUCAACUGUCAUUGAUGAAGAGUCAACUGAUGAGGAUGUUGAUGAUGGUGAUGGAUACUAUUGGCGACCAGAAUUUGAUGAUCGUUAUAAUUAUCAAUCAAAAAGUAAGACUACAGCAACAACAAGAAAAACAAAAAUGAAAUAUCCAUCAAUAAAUCGAGAUAGUAGUACUAUGACAACAUUAUUAAGAGCUAACAGUAUUGAUUCAGACAAUUAUUCACAUACAAGAUCAUUUUUACGUGAAUCAAGUGUUAUUUUACUUCUUUUACUUGGUCUUAUAUUUACAAUUAUUUUACUUGUCUUAGUCGGGUUCUAUUGUCGAGAUUCAUGGAAACAUGGUCGACUACUUAAAAAUCGUUCAACAGACGCGGAUUAUUUAAUUAAUGGACUUUAUCUUUAA